GCGGCGGCGCGCGUGAUGGCUCCGGCGGCGGACCGCGAGGGCUACUGGGGCCCCACGACCUCCACGCUGGACUGGUGCGAGGAGAACUACGCGGUGACCUGGUACAUCGCCGAGUUCUGGAAUACAGUGAGUAACCUGAUUAUGAUUAUACCUCCAAUUUUUGGUGCAAUUCAAAGUAUUAAAGAUGGACUGGAAAAGCGGUACAUUGCUUCUUAUUUAGCACUCACAGUGGUAGGAAUGGGAUCCUGGUGCUUCCACAUGACUCUGAAAUAUGAAAUGCAGCUAUUGGAUGAACUCCCAAUGAUUUACAGCUGCUGUAUAUUUGUAUACUGCAUGUUUGAAUGUUUCAAGAUGAAGAACUCAGUAAACUACCAUAUGCUUUUUACCUUAGUUCUAUUCAGUUUAGUAGUAACCACAGUUUACCUUAAGGUAAAGGAACCUGUAUUCCAUCAGGUCAUGUAUGGAAUGUUGGUCUUUACAUUAGUACUUCGAUCUAUUUAUAUUGUUACAUGGGUUUAUCCUUGGCUUAGAGGACUGGGUUAUACAUCCUUGGGUUUAUUUUUAUUGGGAUUUUUAUUAUGGAACAUAGAUAACAUCUUUUGUGUCUCACUGAGGAACUUUCGAAAGAAGGUACCACCUGUCAUAGGUGUUACCACACAAUUUCAUGCAUGGUGGCAUAUUUUAACUGGCCUUGGGUCUUAUCUUCACAUCCUUUUCAGUAUAUAUACAAGAACGCUUUACCUGAGAUGCAGGCCAAAAGUGAAGUUUAUCUUCGGAAUCUGGCCAGUGAUCCUGUUUGAGCCUCUCAGGAAAUACUGAUGAAUUAUUCCACCCAGAAAACAAAGCACCUAUCACAGACCUGGCCAAAUGAAUAAGGAAAUCCUUAAAGACCUACAUGUUUAAAUAUAGCAUGACCUUCACAGCAAGGGAGUGACUUUCUGACUAACUCUGCCAGCCACACGCAGAAUGAGAAAUGGAGCUUGUUGGAUAUUUAGCUCAUGUCUUGAUCUCAUCUGUCCUCCUCCUAACCCUCACCCUGACAUGUUUAAAAAGAAACAGACAUGAUGUGUAUGUAUAUACUUGAAUGCUAGAAAAAUUGGGCUUUUCUUAACAGGCUAACAGUUCAUGCUGAUCAUAGGAAAUUAACUUUUUCCUCUCCUCUGACAAGGAUUGCAUGUGAAUUAUACUUUUCUUAAUAUUUGAUUAAUGAAAACAGCUAGGCUGGCAAAACCCCAUAUUCAAAUGGCCAGCUGUGAGCCAGCACUUAGCUGUAUCAGCUUUGAUUUAUAUUUUUGUUAUAGUAACCUCAUGGAUGGUUUUCUAAGGUAAAAAAAAAAAAAAAAAAGCUAUCAGUAAGAUGGUAGUUCUUCACUGUCUGCCUGUGCGCUUAGUCAGAGUGUCAUAAGCCAGCUCAGACCUGCCACUGUGUUCUAUACUUGUCACAUCCCAGCUCUGUCAUGUCUGUGUGUGGCCCACAGCCAAUCAGAGUAGGUGGGUCAUCUUAUAGCCUUUACGAAGCCCACGAAGACACCUGUAGAAUGUUGUAUCUCCAGGAGUUAAAGGUGGUGGUUUUCUUUCCUUUGAUCUUUGCAGAUCUUUAAGUUGUUACUGUUUUUAUGGCUAGGCAAACAUGAUUAGUGGUCUAGCCUUCCCAUAUUCCAUCUUCCUAGCAUAAUUUAUUUGAAGUUACCAGUGAAUGUUAUUAUACUCUGACUUUUUAAAUUAUGCAAUAUUUUCCAGUUUUCAGAGGCCAUGGUUAUGCCCAGGGAAAUGUGUUAGGUUAACUAGAGCUAAAUGAUCAGGAUCCUAUUUACGUAAAGCUUAUUAGAAUACCUGCUCCUUAAUUUUUUGAAAGAAAUAGGUAUAAAGGUUAAAAACAGCUCUAAACUUACUUGAACUUAGAACAGAACUUCCAAAAAUUAAAGUGCUAAAAAAAUGGCAGCGGAAUCUCCUUGUAAGGCAGAUAGCUCUAAUUUGGAUUUGAGUGUAUAAGAAAUUGUAUCACUUUUCACAAACAUAACACCUGUCUAGAUUUAAAAACCUGAUUUGACCCCUUUGCUCAUAUAUCAUCAUAUUUGUAGUUCUUUACCAUUUAGCACUUUUAUGACUUUUUCCUGCUUAUACAUUAUUAUAAAAUUCAGAUGGUUUUUUACCACAUCAGGUAACAUUAACCCGUAUACAAUCCUGAGCUACAGCUUCAAAAAGAAACUUGUUUUUUUCUUAAGCGAAGGUAUUAAACAGUUCAGUCAUUUUUCCAGUAUUUAGUAAGUAGCUUUAAUACAAAUUUAAUGUUAUUGUUUUUCUUCACCUACUGGCCUUAGUUUUAGUCCGAGUUCUAAUUCCCUUACCUUAGCAUACCAACAUGCACUUAGGCAGAUACUUCCACCUACAUUUAUGAUCCUCUAGCAAGAAAAGCACUUGCCAAAACAUAAAUCUAAAAGAACUUUGGUUGUGCCUUAGGAAAAUAUAAAACUAAACAGUUCUAACACACAGCCCAUAAGACUGUUCUUUUGUUUAUUACAAGAUUCUGACUUCCGGCUACAUUUUAUGUGCAGCUACCUGGGCUAUCAGCCAUCUUACAUUUUUAAUGAGUUCAUUUGUUUCACACCAUUGUCUUUUUGUACUCUUUGCUCAAGAUAUACUUCUGCAUAAAGAAUACUUAUAUAGGAACAAAGGCACAUCCUUCAUGAUAAUGCUGCUAAACAUUGGGAGACUGAGGUUCUACAGUAUUAAAGUCAAAUUAAAGAUAUAGAGAGCAUGCCCUGACACAGGCCCUUUAGAGCAGUUUGUUCAAUGACUGAUUCAGACACCACUUGUUGAAUAAAGUUGUCCAGCACCUCACUGGGGAAGCAUGGGCCCCGUUGGGUGACUAGUAACACUAUGGCCAAUUCUUCAAAGACCCUUGUUUCUGUUCUGAAAACAACAUGAAAGCUUAGCAUAAAACGUUUUAAAAGUUUUGAGCAAAAAGCAAAGACUAAGUCCAGGCUCUUUAAUUUUCCAAGUUAGUUUGUGCCUCACACGUGGCUCUCUUUUCAGCAAGCCUUGUAUAAGCACACUCAGGACUUUGUACUUGUGCCAUAUCAAGUAUUAUGGAAAUACUGCUGACCUUCAGAAUAUUGCUAAAUCAUCUUUAUUUCAAUGACUUUGGUUUUUUUCCUUCUAAGAUUCUGGGUGGACAUUACAGAGUUGGAUUACUACUACCCCCCUCCCUUUAUUUUAUUUUCUUAGAAGACAUGCUGUUAACUAGAGUGUAC